UCGACUACGAAUAAGCAAUAAAUUUGAGAUGUAGUAAUUGUUUUUAUUUAGCGACUGAUAUUCUGUGAUUUUGGGACUAUCUAAAUAAUAUGAAGGAAUGAUGAAGUCGAUUUCAAGAUUUCUUUUAAUAUGUUUGAUUCUGGACGACAUUGUCUGGGGCCAGGAAGAGACAGUGUUUCACUGCUCAGUUAGACCAGAAUGUCAAGUUAUCCAAUGCGACUCACAAUCAAUUGGUGGAUGGAAUGAACCUGGAUUUGACGUGGAAGGCUACUUAAAUGCAAACGAGUUCCCAAUCACUUGCCAAUCGAAACAGUUGAACAUUGUUAACAGUUCAACCAAUUUGAGAAAUAUGAUCCCAGAAAUGUCGGAAAUUACAACCAGACUCAGUUCGAUAGAAAGAGAUGCCAGUGAUCUUCUGCAAUUUAGAAGAGACUUUCAGAAAAAAGUUUCUAUUGUUGAAGAAUUAAAUGUUGAUUUACUAAAUGAAAUUACACAAUUGAAAUCAAGAGAAACCAAAUUGAAAGAAACGAUCAGAACAAUACGGAACAACUCAAAAAUUGCUGAAAACAACAACAAAAUAACAUUUCUUGUUCUACUAACAUCCAUUGAAAAGAUGAAAAGCACAAAUGAACAAUCAGAAAAUGAAAUAAAUACAGUAAAAAAAUCCCAGCAGGUGCAAGAAUCAGAGUUCAACUUCAUAAAGAACGAAAAUACGCAACUGAGAGCGGACCUAAAUAACUUGAAGGAAGAAAAUCAACAAAUUCGAAAAAUAUUAAUUGCACUUGAGGAAAAAGUUAUAUCUCUGAAAAAUCCAAAGCAACUUGAACAAGAAACGGGAAAAACUUCUUCGGUUCCGGUUACUGCCUCGAUUCCAACUCCCAGAGCUUUGAAUGAUAUAUAUUCGGACACAAAAAAUAAAUGUGAAAUAUUGAUAGAAAGUAAUUGCUACUGGAUGAAAAUACACAGCGAGGCGGAUAUGGACUUUGCAAAAGCAGAAUCCAUUUGCCAGGAAAAAGAAUCUAAAAUUGCUCAAGUUCCAGACGAGUCAACAUAUGACAUAUUUGUAAAGGAACUGCGCUUGAGAACUCCGGGAGGAUUAACCAACAAUCAUGCUUGGAUUGGGAUUACUGUAAAUCCAACAACUCGUGAAGUAUUUCCAUCAAACUCAUAUACAAAAUGGAACACAAGGUUUGGUGGAUGGGGGAUAUCAAAGUAUAUCAAUGUUUUUAUUGUUGUUGAUCCCAGAAGACAUGGAAUGAGAAACAGCCUCCCGACUACAAAAAGAAACGGUGUUAUUUGCCAGAGGAUGAUUACCCAAAACUUUUUCAAUUAGAUAACUUGUUGUGUUUAGUAUAAAAUUUGGCAUCGGGAUCUGGAUAUGUAGCCUCAAUUUCAAUUAAAAGGCCUUACAGUUAGAACUUGUGCUAGGCACAGCAAAUACAAACUGUCAAUCUAUAAUGUAUCUAUAUUUUCCUAACGUUACAAAAGCUGUAGAAGUCAUAUUAUUCAAAGUUUAUUGCGAAAUAUGUAGGGAACAUAUGUGGUCUUUCAGUAGGUUCUGGUCAAUCCGUGAUAUACUGUAUUUUCAAAAUGAAAUAGUAUGAUAACUAAAUUAUGCUUAACAAAUGUGGGGAAUGAAUACUUUUUUUGUGAUGGACUGUUUUUUUUUUUAAGGCUUUGUACAUCUAAACUUUCGCGCGUUUUAUUUCAUUGCAUGUUGGUUGCAAGUUGAAAGUAGUAUGCCCGCUUAUACUUAUGGCCGGUAGGCCUUUGAUGAAACAUCAUUUUACAAUGCAUUCGUACAAAAUUGUUUGCAUGUAUAUCAUUAUCUAUAAAACUUGUUGCGACCAGAAAAAAAGAUAAUAUUGAGAUUAUUAUGCCUUGGGCAAAAAACCUUCAUAUCAAAACUAUAGUUUUGACAUUGCCUUUGCAAUUCAUUCUCUCAAAAUUAUCACGUCACGUCCACCAUUGGGUUUUAAAGGUUAUAUUAUGAAAAUAUUGAAG